AUGGGGAGAAAAUGGGAGUUACGUGACAAAGAAGGUUUUCUGAAAUAUAUGAGGAUUGAGAUUCAGCUGCUUAUGCAGGAGUGGAAGUUUAUCUUGCCGUGCACCAUCAUGCAGUACGUCCAUGCCAUCUUCCACAACCUGGCUUACUACAUUCAAGGCCACUAUUUGUCGAUCGAGCAACGUUUCACACUCUACGAUCUGGGCUACAAGCUCAUGCCGGAACUUCACGGCUUUGCUGCAUCCAUAUCGGAUAUUCUCGUGUUCGCCGCUAUCUUUGCUCCAGCCAUUAUAUUGGUGUUGACGAUCCCAUUGUUCAAACAGGAACCCGGCCGUCCACGCUACGUUGUGAUUGUGCUGAAACGUUGUCUGCUGCAGCUCAGCAUUUGUCUGGCCUUUCGCAUCAUGUCAUUUCUCGUGACGGCUCUCCCAUCCCCAGCCGAUCACUGUGAGCUCAAGUUUAACGACGCGUGUUUGGCGGCAAACCCGAACGAUCCAGUGCCGUGUGUCAUUCCCAACCCAAAAUUUAACCCGCCCAGCAUUAGCCAGUUAUUUACACGAAUCGACUCGCUCAACGGGUGCGGAGAUUUGAUGUUCAGCUCGCAUACGAUCUACACCGUGACGCUCAUUCUGACAAUGUGGAAAUACUGGCCCAACAAGUUUGGACUUGCUAUCAUGGUGAGCGUGCAGAUUGCCAUUGCAUUCCUGAUUGUGGCUUCACGUAAGCACUAUACGCUUGAUGUGCUCUCGGCGCUGUACAUUGUGCCGCUGAUCUGGUUCACGCUGGAAGCGUACCACAAGGACCUCAAUCACAAGGACACGGAGGUCACAGCCAAGACCAUCUACGACUACUAUGGAGUUGACGUUGCAGGCGACGUUAACGACGGUUCUUUGCCGCUUAACACCAACGACGCUGUUUCAGAUAUGGCGAUUCCGUUGAAUUCAGUGCAGGUGGUGACGACUGAGGACGAAAGCUUGAGCGGCGAGCGAUCGGACCCUGAUAACUCUACCACCCAUUUCCAGCGCAAGAACUCGAUGUAA